AAGAUGAGUGAUGAAGAGAUUCUCGUGUGUGCGGUAAAAUUUGGAGAAAAUUUCUGCCUCUAUUUUGAAGAUGAUGAUGGGCUGGAAUGUGAUGCCUUUUGUAGGGAGAAAGUUCUGCACCGAGUUCUUCGAAAUGUGAACAGCCAGUUGCUUGUGGUUCGCCCAGAUUUAAACAUGGCAGCUUUUGAAGAUGUGACUGAUGAGGAGCUGAAAUCUGGCAGUGGAAUGCACUUCAACAUUCAUUAUUACAAAACUACCACACCUUCAGCAGGGAUGCCUGUUGCAUUCAGCAUCCAGGUAGAAGAUAAAAGUUAUUACAUGUGUUGUGAGAAAGAAUGUGGAAAAAUGAUAGUUCGAUUUAGGGAAGGAGAACCUCCCAAAGAAAUUCCUGGUGAAAGUAAUGUAAUCUUUUUCAAAAAGAUGUUUACAUCUUGUAGCUCCAGAGCAUUUAAGUUUGAAUACUCGCUAGAACAAGGAAUGUUCUUGGCCUUUGAGAAAGAAGGCUGCUUAAGAAAAUUAAUUCUGAAGAAACUGCCAAGAGAAGAUGAAGUGGAUGAAACCAUAAAGAUAACUUUCUAACUUCAGUCAGAAUGGAAUUUGCAACCUAUGA